CUGAAUCCAACCAAUCGGAAAGGGAGUUACAUCGACGGCGGCUGAGGUGUCCAAUCCGAGGACAUGUGUCACACUCCGUCGCCCGCUGAGUCCCCACGAGCUGUAAAACUGUUCCGCAGUCGCGCGCGGGGCAGCCGAGCACCCUCGGAGCGCCUCGGGUAGCGCGAAUCUCAGGGAGGAAGGGGCUGUUAUCAGGGGCGCCCGUUAGUGCGCAGGCGCCUCAGGAAGAGCUCGGUCUGGCUCCUGCGCCUUCAGGUCUCCGUCGCUCCCAAGACCCAGGAGCGCCGGGUUCCGCGCGCGCCGGGUCCGCGUGCUGCAGAGAAGCGGCGGCAGCGGGAACCCUGACUACCCUCCUUCAGCAUGUUCACUAUGAAGUUAUUGCUGAUAUGUUUGUUUUCUGGACUUAUAACUGGUUGUAGAGGGAACUCUUCCUGUACUUUGCCACCCAAGUUACUACUGGUAUCCUUUGAUGGCUUCAGAGCUGACUAUCUACACAACUAUGAAUUUCCUCAUCUCCAGAAUUUUAUCAAAGAAGGUGUCUUGGUAGAGCAGGUUAAAAAUGCCUUUAUCACAAAAACAUUUCCAAACCACUACAGCAUCGUGACAGGCCUGUAUGAAGAAAGCCAUGGCAUUGUGGCUAAUUCCAUGUAUGAUGUCAUCACAAAGAAACAUUUUUCUGACAGUAAUGACAAGGAUCCUUUUUGGUGGAAUGAGGCAGUCCCUAUUUGGGUGACCAACCAGCUUCAGGAAAACAGAUCAAGUGCUGCUGCUAUGUGGCCUGGUACCGACGUGCCCAUUCACAAUACCACACCUUCCUAUUUCAUGAAUUACAGCCCCUCAGUGUCAUUUGAGGAGAGACUCAGUAACGUCUCCACGUGGCUGAGCAAUUCGAACCCACCUGUCACCUUUGCAACACUCUAUUGGGAAGAGCCAGACGCAAGUGGCCACAAAUAUGGCCCUGAAGAUAAAGAAAACAUGCGCCGAGUGUUGAAAGAAAUAGAUGACCAUAUCGGGGAGCUAGUUCACAAACUCAAGGUGUUAGGACUGUGGGAAGAUCUUAAUGUGAUCAUUACAAGUGAUCAUGGGAUGACCCAGUGUUCUGAGGACAAGCUGAUAAACUUGGAUCGCUGCAUCGACCCCUCAGACUACACUCUUGUAGACUUGACCCCCGUUGCUGCAAUACUUCCCAAAAUAAACAGAACAAAGGUUUAUAACAAACUGAAAGUCUGUGACCCUCACAUGAAUGUUUAUCUCAAAGAAGACAUUCCUGCCAGGUUUCAUUACCAACAUAAUGAUCGAAUUCAACCUAUUAUUUUGAUGGCUGAUGAAGGCUGGACAAUUGUGCUAAAUAAAUCAUCACUAAAAUUAGGUGACCAUGGUUACGAUAAUUCUUUGCCUAGUAUGAAUCCAUUUCUAGCUGCCCACGGUCCUGCAUUUCACAAAGGCUACCAGCACAGCACCAUUAACAUUGUGGAUAUCUACCCAAUGAUGUGCCACAUCCUGGGAUUAAAGCCACAUCCCAAUAAUGGAACCUUCGGCCACACUAAGUGUUUGUUAGUGGACCAGUGGUGCAUUAAUCUCCCAGAAGCCAUAGGAAUUGUUAUCGGUGCGCUCUUGGUCUUAACCACUCUGACCUGCCUCAUCAUAAUCAUGCAGAAUAGACUCUCUGGACCCCGGCCAUUUUCCCGACUUCAGCUACAAGAUGAUGACGAUGAUCCUUUAAUUGGGUGACAUGUGCUGGGGUUUAUACAAAGUGGCUGUGAUUAGGACACACCCAAGGAAUGGUGUUACAACUAUGAAAAAGUAUACUUUGAAAGACAAAGAUCUUAGACCAAGCAUGCUACAAUUAUUUUGUUUUUCCUUGUGUUUUGUUUUGCGGCAUUAGCUAAUACAAAAAACUCUGACCGUAGAAAACAUUGCUAGUAAAUCAUUAGUUAACACCAACUGUUUCCCUAACUAGAAAGGUUUUUUUUAAGAAAAAUACUGCCUUUGCCCUUUUUUUUUUUUUUGCAACGAAGAUUAGACACAUCUAUAGAUGAAAAUAUGCAAAAAUUUAGUGGGUAUGCUUUUUGAAUAAAUUUUUACAUUUGUAAAUUACACAACAGAAAUCUUUAUAAAAUGUGUGGAUUUUGUGUAUCAGGAAGGAAAACUUUCCUAUAUUUUUAUAUGUGCCUUUAAUAGAGUUUGUAUCCCAAGUAAACCCUUGAGGUAGGAAAUUCUCUGUGAUGGUUAAUUGAAAUGGAUCAAGCAGGCAGAAAAGAUCUAGCAUAUGAAGAAAUUAUUUUAAGAAAAACUAUUAUAAAAAACAAGCAAAGACCCCGUGAUACAAAGCCUAAGUCUUCUUCACCAGUGUGUCUUUGUUAAGACCCUUAAGCUAUUGAGGCCUCAAAAGUUAAACCUUUUGAAGAGUAUUGCUAAGAAGAGACUAAGAAAAUAGGGAAA